AUUCUUUUGAAAUCAGUUUAGUUUUACACAUCGCACUGAGUGGACGUGUUUCUGUGUUUAUUCUGAAAUUUUAAUUAAAUUCUGUCAUUCAUCAAUCGAAUACUCACUAUUUCUGAUUAAAUGAUUGCUGCCGUAACGCGUGACUAUCCGGUGUGAUUUAUAAACAAUAAGUUUGUCAAUAAAAUCCAGUGAAACCGUUGUUAGCUGUACAAAAUAAUAGAAGAAACCGUGUCAAUGGACACGAUUCCCUUCCGAUGCAAUAAAUAAAUGUUAUUCGAAAAGCAAACUAAUUGUUCCGGAGAUGUAAUUAAAUUUCCAAUUGAAUUAUGAUUUAAGUGCUCAACAGUGAAUCGACUAAAUAAGUAAAUUUGUCUAUAGUGUGUGUUGGACUAUACCGUGAGAUUGUUUGAUAACAUUUGAUCUGUCAAAAUGUCGCAAAAAUAUUGCUUUUAUUUUGGAUUAUUUCUGCUAUUUUCUGCAGCCCAAGCUCACAUGAAUCUCUAUCUGAAUCAGCAUGAAGUGAUGCGGCUAUUGGGCCUUUCAGCUGAAUUAUAUUAUGUGCGAGACGGACAAGUGAAUGAGUAUGCACUUCAUUUUAUUGUUCCGGUUCCGGCAAAUGUUAGAGACAUUGCAUUCACCUGGCAAAGUUUGGCUGGACGACCGCUACCCUACAAUAUAAACAUUGCAACAUCGGAUGUAGCCGUUUUACCACGACCAACAAUGAAUAUAUCGCACACCGGUAAUAUGCCCACCAAUAUUGAAACAUUUUCGAUAGAAAUGCGAUGUACUGGACUGCGGCCAGCUGAAGUUGAAGUUACGAUAACCAUUGAAGUGACACUGAACCGAGCCACAAAUAAUGUAACGGAGUUGGUGUUCAAACGGAAGAAGAUUUGUUUGGAAAGUGACCACACAGAAAACAGCGUCGACGAUCCGCUACUGUUAGAAACAGUUGCAGCUCCACCGAGUGGAAUCAUGACAUUCGUUAUCGGCGGUAUUGUCGCAUUGCUAUUGGUUGCCGUUUUGAUUUCAAUUGCUUAUUGUACGCGGGGUUCGUCCAAACGUAAUUCGCACCACGGCCAACCAUUACGAACAUCAAGCUUUCAACGGCUGCAAACCCAUCCAUCGUCGGGUCCACCAUCGAUUAUCUUCCCACCGGCACCCACAUCAACACUUCCGCGCAGCAAAGUUGACUACUCCGAACCGGAAGAAUUGCAUCGUCGCAUUGCCGAGUUGACUGUACAGCGCUGUCGCGUUCGUUUAUCCAGUUUAUUACAAGAGGGAACGUUUGGCAGAGUUUAUCGUGGCACGUACAACGAUUGCCAGGACGUUUUGGUGAAAACUGUUGCGCAACAUGCCAGCCAAAGUCAAGUGUCGGUUUUGCUACAAGAAGGAAUGAGUUUGUAUGGGGCGUCUCACACUGGCAUUCUGUCUGUAUUGGGUGUGUCCAUUGAAGAUCAUACAACACCAAUUUUACUGUAUCCAGCUCCAGAUGGUACACGGAAUCUGAAGCUGUACUUACAAGAACCGGUUUCUCGAAGUCUAACCACCAUUCAAAUUGUAAUGAUGUCCUCACAAUUGGCAUUAGCAUUGGGUCAUCUGCACAGUCAUGGUGUCGUUCACAAAGAUAUUGCGGCACGAAAUUGCGUAAUUGACGACCAGCUCCGAAUAAAAUUGGCCGACAGUUCUCUGUCCAGAGAUCUGUUUCCCGCUGACUAUAACUGCUUAGGUGAUAGCGAAAAUCGUCCAAUCAAAUGGUUGUCAUUGGAAGCGUUACAGCGAAAAAUUUUCUCAGAAGCAUCAGACACAUGGGGUUUCGGCGUGUUAAUAUGGGAGCUGUGUACGCGUGCCCGUCAACCGUAUCAGGAAAUUGUUGAUGAUGAAAUGGAAGAUUUCCUCCGGAAAGGAUACAGACUAGCGCAACCAGUUAAUUGUCCCGAUCAACUUUUCGCUAUAAUGGCCUAUUGCUGGGCCCUGUCACCAAUGGAACGACCAACAUUCGGUCAGCUACAAGUUUGUCUCCAAGAAUUCUAUGCACAAAUAACGAAAUAUGUGUAAGCGACCAUCCAGUUAAUUGAAGCAAAAAUUGUUAAGACAUUUUGUACAGCCGACGCUAGCAGCGACAGUGAUUAGUCUGAUAGAUCUUUUUAUUACAAUAAUACUUAACGAAAUAUUCAUCUCAUAUUAGUGUUGUCCGCAUGAAAAUGGAAAACUUAAAGCAGCUGCUCAAGAUAAAUUACUCACACAAUACAGUAAGACUGCCCUCCGGGUUUUAAAUUUUUUUUUUGUUUUUGGUCAUUGUUAGGGAUAAAUUAUUUGUAAAGUUGUGCCAAAUAUUAAAAUUAAGGAACUUUGAGUAAUUAGGCGUGUAAGUAGACGAUUCUCGUUAAUAUGGUAGUGUAAAGGGAGUAAGCAAUGUGCAAGCUUUGUGAGAUGAUCCAUAUGAAAUGUUUGUUGUUUUUAAAACAAACAACAACAACAAAACCACCCAUCGUAAAUUUUGUGAAUAUUAGAAUGUAAGCGCGUAACUGAGUAACAGAAAAAGAAUUAUUUAUUUUGGACCUUGGACUUCAUUGUUUCGAAUUAUUAUUUUUUAUUGUUUUAACUUUAAAAUCUGUAGAAUGUAUAAUCAAAACUGUUAGUUGUAAGAGUAGCUAGAGUUAUUGUACAUAGAUAGAUAUAUUUGUCGAUAGAACGAGAGACAGAGACGAAAACUUGAAAAUAUAUUGAUGAAUAUAGAA